GAGGAGGUUUUGACUCGUUGAGGCCUUGAGGGGGAGGGGUGCGUGACAGAGAGGUCGGAGCCUGGCACUACCGCCGCCGCUGCCGCCGCCAUGCUCCGCCUCCAGAAAUACGUUUCCCUUCGCCUCCAAGACCAUGUCCUUCCUCUCCACCGCUCCGCCUCCCCCAUACAGCUCUUCCUCCAGCGCGCUCUCCUCUCCACCGCCGCCGCGACCUCCUCGUCUUCGGGCCACUUCGACGCCGAGGACUACCUUGUCUCCACCUGCGGCAUCACCCGAGAGCAAGCCGCAAAAGCCGCCAAGUGGAUGUCCCACUGCAAAUCGUCCUCCAACGCCGACGCAGUACUCUCCUUCCUCACCGGUCCGGCGCUUGGCCUCUCCAAGGCCGACAUCACACUGCUCGUGACCAAAGACCCGCGCAUCCUCUGCUGCAGCGUCGACAACACCCUGCGGAUCCGCGUCGACCGCUUCCACAGCUACGGCUUCUCCGCCGCACAGAUCAACACCUUCGUCCGCGUGGCCCCCUUCUCCUUCCGCACCUUCAACAUCGACGAGAAGCUCGGCUUCUGGAUGCCCUUACUCGGCUCGCCCGACAAGUUCCUCCGCAUCGUCAGGCGUAAUUCGUACCUCGUCACCUCCGACCUCGACAAGGUGGUGAAGACCAACAUCCGGAUGCUCCAGGAGUGCGGUAUAUCUGUCGAGGAAAUUGGCACCAUGUGCGUUGCCAACCCGAGGCUGCUCACCGGCAACCCGGACACCACCAGGGCCAUCCUCGUGCGUGCUAAUGAGAUGGGCGUGCCCCGCAACACCCUUUUGUUCAGGCAGGCUGUGACCGCCGUGGCGGGCCUCGGCCCGGAGACCAUGGCCUCUAAGCUCAAGAUGAUGGCCAAGAUUCUCAGGUGCUCAGACGCUGAGGUUGCCAGAAUGGUGCAAAGGAACCCGUUGGUGCUGACACGCUCCAGGGAGAGGAUUCAGCGUGCCUGUGAGUUCCUGACCAAUGUGGUCGGCGUCAGUACCAAGUACAUCCAGGACAGGCCCACAAUCCUGAUGUACAGUUUGGAAUGCCGGCUGGUGCCCCGGCAUUACGUGAUGAAGGUGCUCCUGGAGAAAGGAUUGAUCCGAAAAGAUCAGAGCUUCUACUCCAUGGUCACGCUUAGUGAUAAUGUGUUCUGCUCUAAGUUUGUACAUCGUCAUAAGGAUGUUCUUCCUGGCCUUGCUGAUGCAUAUGCGUCUGCCUGCAAUGGGAAAUUAGCCACCUGAGGCUCGCAAUGAAAUGAUUGCACCAAACUGGCAUAUGGGCAGCAACUGCAGUUGCAUUUCAUUUUUAACACACAGAUGCCCUGAUGUGUACUCUUCAAGACUGCAGCUCUGUACUUGGCUCAUAGCUUCAAAAUUGCAGAAACUCAGUAGGCCAGGCUUAGGAAAUUAUGAUGACCAAAGCAUGAUGCUGUCAUUUUCAUAUACCUUGUUUUGGAUUCUGAUGAUGAAUUUUAUCAUGUUUAAACUCAUGCUUCUGGAGUUUUGGUACACAGAAUGAUUGUUCUGUUUAGAAA